AUGCAACGCACAACAACAUUACCGCCGAAUAUCACACUCUCAGAAGAAGACGCUGUAGCUGGAACAAACCGUAUCAGACUACUCAAAGUAGACCAAACAAAAGAUGACCGUCGAUGGUUUGACAAGAUGAGAAACUUGGUUCAAGUGCAUGAAUACCUCUGCCAUAUUGGUGAAGCCAUAGAAUGGAUUGAAAGCUUCUUGAAUGAAAAGAUUGAUAACAACGACGACAGAGAGGCAUCCAUUGUACAAUUAGAGCAAACGCUACAUGAUGGCGUUGUCUUGGCCAAACUAGCAAGAAGAAUCCAUCCAGGCAUCAUCCAAAGCAUCACACCAGGGGAUGCUAAAUUCAAGUUUUUACGAUCCAACAACAUCAACGCUUUUUUGACAGUCUUGAAAGAGGUUGGAUUGCCUUCCAUCUUUUGGUUUGAAUUUGUGGAUUUAUACGACGGAAAGAACAUGCCCAAGGUCAUCUAUUGCAUUCACGCCCUCAGUCAUUUACUGCAUUCAAACGAUUCAGCACCGAAAAUCAAGAAUUUGGAGGGUAAAUUCAACUUUUCAGACGAUGUGCUGAUAGCGACACAGAGAAACCUUGAGAAAUCUGGCGCCACCAUGCCAAAUUUCAGCAACCUUGGAUCGUCACUACAGAAAGAACUGGAUGGAGGAUCCAAAAAGCCAGUGUAUUCUUUCAAGAAAAUCGAGGAACCAUUACUCACUCAACAUGAACUGGAGCCCAAAAUACCACGAUUCAGCAAGGCAGCGCCCAUCGUAACAGACUUGUAUGACUCGGAUACAGAAUCUAGAACAUCUUCCAGUGAUGAAUUAGAAAGCCCCUCCAUACCUACCAUGCAACGACUUCAGUUUUUAGAUGCCGCUGCUGACUCCACCAUUAGCAGUUCUGAUUCUGAAAUUGAGUAUUAUCAAGAUGACUUGUCAGGAUCUGAAUACGAUGAUACCGAGGAAAGAAUAGAGGCAUUGGAACAGCACUUUACAAAGCCAGAAAACGAGAGAGUGUUGGUCAGUACACAAGGCUGCAUUCGUGCUUUUAUGGCCAGAAACAAGCUGCAAAAGAUCAAGGAUCAGUAUCGCUACCAGUCAUUCCAGUCCACAGUGCAAAAGAUGCAAGCUCGUAUCCGCACGGCGUCUAUGCGCAGACAGCUUGGAGAGAAAAGACGGGAGUUCUUUUCUUGCCCUGAAGAAUGGGUCACUGCGUUACAGGCCAUGAUUCGCCGUUAUCUUGCCAUGAAGCAUCUGGGCGAGCAGCAUCAUCAAAUUGAAAUGCACCACAUUCAAAGCGGCAGAUUACGAACUGAGGGCAAAUUUACAGCGCAAUACCAUGAAAGGGCCUAUCAAAAACUGAAAUCUGAAAAGAACCCCUCGAUCGGCGUGGUGAAAAGCGUGCUCCACAUGCUGAGCAACAAUGAUGUGGACUUUAACGAAGACUUGAUCAUUGAGGAGCUUCGACAGAAAGUAGUCGAGUCCAUCAGAGACAACAACCAGCUGGAUUCGCAAGUCAGCAUGAUUGACAUUCAGAUUGCCCUGCUGUUGAAGAACGCUGUAACGCUGGAUGAAGUAGUCAAAUUGAGCAAUGCGUUCUUCAAUCCCAACCGCAAGAAGCAACAACAACAGCGGUUCUCUGAACUGCUGUCUUCCAAUCCUUCCAACAGCCCUUACGAUUUGCGAGGCGUAGACAAGAGCAACAGGGACAAAUUGGAACUGUACCAGCAGCUGGUGUUCCUGCUUCAAACGGAACCUAUUUACUUGGCUCGUCUCAUGUCGAUUGCGGGUGGACAAGUACACGGCGAAAAAAAGGGACAGCGCAAGAUUGAUGCCACUGUAUUGGCACUGUUUGGCUACGGUACCAACGCGCGUGAAGAGUGUUUACUGAUCAAUCUCUGCAAGGCUUCCAUUGUCCAAGAAAUGAAGCAUGUCAAGAGUCCUCAAGAGUUUAUGCGUGGCAACUACACAUUCAUGAAGCUUGUGGUGCAAGUAAACCGAGGUGCCAAAGAAAGAGAGUUCUUUUCUACCUUGUUCCAAAGCUUGCUCGACAAGGUAUUGAACAACAAUGAAUUGGAUCUAGAAACCAACCCCAUGGUCAUCUAUCAAAAGUGCAUCAGUCAAGAGGAGUCUGCUACUGGCCAGCCUUCCAAUCGACCCUUCAACAUCAAUCAAGCCCAAGCACUGCAAUCGCCUGAUGUCUUACAAAUCCUGUCUGAGCAUUUAGAGAUGCUGAGAAAUAUCACUGAAGAGUUCCUGAACGCCAUCAUCAAUGCUCUAGAUGUCAUGCCUUACGGUAUGCGUGUCAUUGCAAGAGAGUUGCGCCUGGUCAUGGAAGACAACUUUCCAGAGGUGUCUCCCGAAGAGAUUAACAAGAUUCUCGGCAACUUUGUCUACUAUCGCUAUCUGAGUCCGGUUAUCACUGCUCCUGAGCAGCAUAUUGCUAUUCAUCAUGAAAUAUCGUCGCUGCAGAGAAGAAACUUGGCUGAAAUCUCAAAGAUGUUGCAGCAUAUCUCCAACGGCAAAGACUUUGAUGCCAGAAAUAUCCAACUGGGCGCUUUAAACGGCUAUAUCAAGAGCUCCACGGAGAGAUUUACACAGUGGUUCAUGGAUUUGACAGAUGUGGAGGAUCCUGAACAGCACUUUGGUAUGGAUCAGCUUUCUGAUUACACCAACACGCAAAAGCCCACCGUUUAUGUGCACCCCACCGAACUCUAUCACAUUCAUCAGCUGUUGCAAGAGAAUGUGGACUUUAUUGAACGUCAAAACACCGGUAUUCUGCACUCAAUUCUCUCAGAAUUAGGUGAAGCACCCAGCAAUGCUAACAUGAGCGUACCUUUGCAUGUACUCCGCCUUGAAUUGACCGACCGCCGUGAUGGCAUUCCCUCCGAAGCUGGAGGUGAUGUCAAGAAACUGCUUCUCGAUACCAAGCGUCUGGUCAUCUUGGUCAUUCAGGUCCAGUCUGGUCCUUCUCUGGAAGCCAUCUUUGAAGAGCCAGUGACUAGCGAACAUGAAGCUAUUUGGGAAGUUGUACGUGAAGAGGCGUUUCCUUCGGAAGGCACUGAGCAAGAAAUUGAGAUGGCUAUUCGUGAGAGAAAUUUCAAGUUUGGCUAUCAGAAUGCAGCCAUGGAUGUCAAAAAACUGAGCUUUGCCAAGCUAAAGUCCUUUGCCUCUAGUCUUCACAACCAUCUGAUGAAACAUGGCAUCAUUCCUGAGAGUCCUGGCUAUCAGAGCAUCAUCAACAUGAUUGCAGUAGACAUCACCAAGAAGGGAGAGCGCCGUAAGCUGCGAAACACAGAAAUCAAGAAACUACAAAACAUCUUGCAGCAUUUGGAUGAAAAGAGGCAGUUUUUAAUCAGUCAAGGUACCAGCUACAAAGAGUAUUUAGAUGGCUGCAUGAAGAACAUGGCUGAACGACGCGGCAAGAAGCAAAAAUUUGUGUUUCCCUUCACCCGACAGUAUUUCCACAUGAAGAACCUGCAGAGGCGCAACCUGGUGCCCAAGUUUGGCUCCUACAAGUAUUCUGCAAAGACGCUGUACGAUCGUGGCAUCAUUCUUGACCUGGCUGGUGUGUCCAAGAAGCUAUACGCCCGUAUCACUAUUAUUUUGUCGAUGGAUCGUGCUGGCAUCAUCACAUUUGAAGGAUAUUUUCCCCUGCUCAAUACGCAAGAUUUGCAUGUGGAUGUGCAGUACGAGGAUCUGCUGCAAACGCAAUACGAGGGUGUGCAGACAAUGAAAGUGCUGGACGGCAUGGCUACGGUCAAUGUCAAUUUAUUGAUUUACUUGAUCAACAAAAAAUUUUACCACACUGCUUAG